AUGGGGCAUAGAGAUAAGAUGGCACCUCAUGCUAGACGAUGCAUAUUCAUGGGCUAUCCAACCUUACAAAAGGGAUAUCGGCUUUAUGCACCAUCUACAGGAGAUUUCUUUGUAAGCAGGGAUGUUGUCUUUCAUGAAGAUAUUUUUCCUUUCUCAAAUGCCACUUUCUUAUAUGAAGAUGAGAAGUCAAGGAAUAGGCAAUUCUUAUUGGAAGAGAAUUUAUCUUCUAGCGAAACAUUCAUUAUUACUUCUCCUCCAGGAUUAGCUGGUGUAUUGCUUGGUAUACCUCCUCCUGUUGAGAAUGUUAUUGAAGACUCCAUUGAAAUGACUCCUGUAGAAGAGCCAACACAAUUGAGGAAUCUUCUAGAAGAAAGCAUUAGGGAAGAAUCAUCCUUGACACAACAAGAGCCAGCGAGGCGUUCUAGUUGGACUACUCGUCCACCUACUUGGACAAAAGAUUAUAUAUGUGGUUCUUCAAGAUCAUUAAGUACCCGCUAUCCUAUCUUGUCUUAUAUUUCAUUUGAUAUGUUAUCUCCAGAACAUCUAUGUUGUAUAAGUCGUAUUUCUAAAGAACAAGAGCCUUCUAGUUAUAACGAGGCAAAUACUGAUCCUCGUUGGCAGAAGGCCAUGGAGUCUGAAUUACAUGCCUUGAUGGAGAAUCAUACUUGGGACAUUGUGCCACUACCUGCACAUCGCAAACCAAUUGAAUGUACGGGCGUCGAGUUGAGCAGCGAGAGGGCUCGCGGGCGUUGUGGGUCGCAGGUUGCUGCACAGCGAUGCUCGCGGGUGCUGGUGCGCGGAGCAGGGGCGGAUGUCGAGGCAGAGACCGACGGCGAUGAAGACGGUCUCCAGUGGCAAUGGGUCACCGGAAUCGUGGGUCGGCGCGGCACGAACGGGAGAGCUCGGGCGGACACCGGCAGGGCUUCGAGCGAGGUAGUCGUAGCUGGCCUCGGCUUCAAGGCGGCCUUGGCGUGGUGA